AUGAAGCGGAGUCGCAUUCAAUUCGAAGCCAAUGGCCAUGCAUCUUCAGACUCUCCUCAGGGAGCUUACCUGCAUAUGGCGACCGAUGAGGAUUCGAAACAGCAAAUUCUGAGGCAUAUCCCUAAGAUCUCACGGAGAAUCCGUGCGUGUACAAACUGCAAGAAUCACAAGGUGCGCUGUGAUAAGGAAGGGGAGGCGCCGUGUCAGAGAUGCCAUCGCAUGGGCUUGGACUGUGUUGUCAACAAAAGCCUACAGACUUUAUUGGACGAUGAGACAGAGUGGAAGACGACGGUUGAGCUUGCAAUGACGGAUUUACUUCGAAAGGCUCAGCUACCGGACUGGUCAUACUAUCAGUCGCUGGGCAAAUCGAUGGAAGCUCUUUCCAGGAAAAGAGACCGCAAAGAAUCAACAGCAUCAACCGAAGACACCGGCACUGCGACGGUCAAUGACAGGAAACCGAGCUCGAUAGGCUCAAACUUGGAAUCCGUCUCAAUAGGUCCAAACUCAUCGGCGAAUUAUUCCUUUCCUAAGCAACACUCCCAGUACUCCCUCGAUCGGGAAGAGAAUGGAACAUCAUCCCUGGUUACUGCGCCGAUGGGAAGUCUGUACGAAGUGACUCGGCUGAGCGAUAUACCCCCAAGCUCUCCUGGACGUCAGCAUGCAUCCGACCGGGCACUAGUGACCGACUUCAUAUCGCGAGGAGUGAUUGAUCUUCAGGAAGCGGAGGACCUGUUCCACUAUUUUGAUCAGGUGCUCAGUCGUUAUCUGUGGGAUGGUAUGACGUUGGUGCACAAGGAUCUUACAUCUGUUCGCAAUUCUUCUUCAAUGCUUUCCGCCGCCAUUCUUGCAGUUUCAGCCCUCCAUUUACCCAAAAAGGAGAAGACAUUCGAUACCUGCUAUACGGAAUUCGCGAAGCUGGCUUCUGAAUCCAUGCUUGAUAGACACCAUACCCUCGAUGACUUGCGUGCAUUAUGUGUUGGCGCAUUCUGGCUUGCGGAUGUCAGUUGGAAGCUUUCCGGCUAUGCGGUCCGUAUUGCGACUGAGCGGAACCUUCACCAAUCCUAUCGCAAGGCCAUGCAGGGCUCUGUGGAGCAUAUAGAACAAGUGAGGCUCUGGUACCUUCUUUAUACCCUGGAGCACCAUUUCUCUAUCGCCUACGGACGACCGCCUAUCAUUCAUGAAGAUCCAAGCAUCGCGAAUCACAAUACGUUUACAAUUUCUCCGACGGUACAGCAGUCGGACCUUCGUCUUCACAGCCAAGUGGACUUGUUCAUCAUCUUGACUCGGAUAUACCACGCUUUCGGUCCCGAUGUCGACUUGGAGGUACCGGAGAGCGAAUUCUCUAAAAUCAACAAGUUCGACGCUGAUCUUGAAGAUUGGCGUUCCGCCUGGCUCCCUCGCUUAGCUGGAAGUCGGUAUGUCGGUGCGUACCCUUACAAAGCCGUCUAUCUGCACUACCACUUCUCUCGUCUGCAACUAAAUUCGGUUGCUUUACGGACGUAUCACUCCUCGAACUCGUCGCGGCCGAUGUCCGCUGAACGUAAGAAACAUGCCAACUUGGCGAUAGAAUCUGCAAUCGAAACGCUCCUGGUGGUCCUCGAUGAACCCGACAUUCAAAGAGCUUUGAUUGGCGUUCCUCUAUAUCUCCACAGCAUGAUCACCUUUGCAGCUGUGUUCCUCCUCAAGAUCGCCGCUAAAUGUUGCUCGAGGACGCUGCCGAAUGCACAAGGACAGCAAAACUCCAUUGCUUCGGCGGGUCUUUCAAUCGAUGCGCCUUACGUGCGUGCCCUGGUUGGUAAAAUAAUCGAGCUCAUGGUGACUUGUAGCAAGCGUGCUAGUGAGCGCCAUCUUACUCAUCAUAUAGCCCGUGGCUUGCGCAAGAUGCUUACAGGAUUCGAGGAGUGGGAAAAGAGAAAUUCGAGCGGUCAGCAAUCUCUGGGACAGAAUUCCUUUGAGACUACAUCAAUAUUCAAGCCCAUUGUAAUUCCUGGAGCGCAACCGUUGGGUGAACGAGACACCAUUCUGAGUCACCCUCCUCCGCUACCCGGAAUGGCUCCGCUGUCGGCUGAGCGCAGUAAUGGGUUUGAAUCUGCUCAGGUGCAGGGGAAACAGGAGCCAGGUCUCUCGAUAGGCUCUCUGGAUCGUAUGAUGGCUGAUUUGUGGGGCUUUGACGAGGAGUAUUUCCCUACGGGAGUCUUCGACUUUCUUCAGUCCCAGAUGCCUGCUUGA